AUGCAAAUUAAAAAGAGACAUUCAGUAAACCCUGAAUUAUAACUCAAAAAUCUAAAUGGCUAGUACAAAUCAGUUUGCAAAUCAUAGCAUAUGAUAGUUACUAAGGAUAUUUAGCCAUCUCCUAUAAAAUUGAUCAGAAAGUAAGGGAGACAUACCCAAAGUUUUAUUAACACUCAUUAAUCUCUGCACAUUUGUAAUAAUCCCACUUAUUAACUUAUUCAAUAAUGUAUUACUGCUGCUGAAAUGAUUAAAGAGAAACAUAAAACCAAAACUACUCAUAAAUUUUUUCAUAUUCGAUCAUGUUCUGUUCCUUGUCCUAAGAUGCAGAAUAUUAAUAAUCUAGUUGACUCCUUGGUGGAUGAUGCUGAUGCUUAAAACAUUAAGGAAUAAAAGAAUCUAGAAGUAGAAAUUUAAACUGUUAUGAAUUAAUUAAUUGAAGAAAAAAAAUAGAAACAAAAAGCAAUAUCCUAAGGAGAAAGCCUAUUUAAGUAGCAAGAUCUUUCAAUACAAUAUCUGAAAUCUAGAAUCGAACAGUAUAAAUAAUUAGUUUGA